AUGGCCAUGGCAGAUGAGACACAAGCCGUGAUGCCGAUCGACACUCGACAAGGUGAUAUCGAGCAGGGGGAACGCUCUCAGCUUUCUCGCGUCAAGUCGUUGUACGCGCACCCAUGGACGCAAAUCAUCUUGAUCAGUCUGAUAUGCUUCUGUUGUCCUGGAAUGUAUAACGCUCUUGGGGGACUGGGAGGCUCUGGCCAAGUCGACCCUACUGUUGCCGCCAACGCCACCGUCGCGCUCCUCUCGGCAACUGCUGGGACUGCGCUGUUCGUUGUGGGGCCCCUGUUUUCCUACACAGGGCCUCGCAUAUGCUUCUUGCUUGGUGGCUGGACAUACGCAUUGUACAGUGGGAGCUUGCUGAAUUUCAACCACCACGACAAUGGUGCUUUUGUCAUUGCGUCCGGUGCCAUUCUGGGAGUCGGCGCUUCCAUGCUGUGGGUAGUACAGGGUGCCAUCAUGACCACUUAUGUCGCCGAGUCUCAGAAAGGUCGCGCGAUCGCGGUGUUCUGGAUCAUAUUCAAUCUCGGAGGCGGCGUCGGCAGUCUCGCAUCGUUCGGCCUCAACUUCCACUCCAAGUCAGGUACCGUGUCCGACUCGACAUACAUUGCAUUGAUGGUCAUUAUGCUCGUCGGCUGGGGUUUGGGGCUUUUCAUCUGCUCCCCCAAGCGCAUCCACCUCGCGCAGCUCCAUGCGGCGGUGGAAAGUGAGAAACACUCGUGGAAGGCCACGAUCGACAUUGCAGUGAAAACGAUGGCUAGUUGGCGUGUGUUCUGCAUGCUGCCAUUGUUCUUCUGCGCCAACGUGUUCUACUCGUACCAGCAGAACCAAGUCAACGGCAUGACUUUCAACAUCCGGACUCGCUCCCUGAACGGGUCUCUCUACUGGAUCGCCCAGAUGCUGGGUGGCCUGCUCAUCGGCGUCAUUCUUGACCUCCCUUUCCUUACCCGGCCUAUGCGAGCUCGCGUCGGCUGGGUCGUUCUGUUCGUCACGGGCAUGUCCAUCUGGGGAGGAGGAUAUGCUUUCCAGAAAUGGCAGGACAGGCGUCUCGCCGCCGGGCUCAAGCAAGACAUUGACUACACUCAGGGCUCGCUGUCGACCGGGCCUAUCUUCUUGUAUAUCUUUUACGGGGCGUACGACGCGCUCUGGCAAGGGUUCUGUUAUUGGCUCAUUGGGACGGAGUCAAACUCGACCUCCCGAGCGGCCAUUCUGGUCGGAGCAUACAAGACCUUCCAGGCCACUGGCGGUGCCAUGGCGUGGAGGAUUAACGCCUUGCACAAGAGUCCCAUGACGCAGCUUGGUAUGAACUGGGGUUUAUCCAUGGGGGCCUUGGUGAUUGUCCUGCCCACAGUCUGGACCGUCACGACCAUGACGAUCGAGAAGCCCGUCCGAGACCAAGAGCUGGAGAUGAAAAUUCAGGAGGUCGAGUCCCAGACGGGCAAGGAGUAA